CGCUAUAUCUGACCUUUUCACAGUCGAAAACAGGAAUAUGCAAAGUUCUAAUUUCUAACAUUAAUCUUGAACUAGAUGUACAUUUCGUAAUAACGAAAUUAAAUCAGACAUUUACAAGAUUAUAAUUCAACAAAUAUGUUCACCUUUAUAUACGGCAGUGUAGCAGAAGAAUUAUGGAAAAAUUCUGGGUUUCUGGAUAUCUUUCAAUGCAUCGCUACGAUAACUAUAAAUAAACCUUUUCUACUGUUUCUAUCGUUUGUUUGUAUUCUUAUUGUCUACUUUUCUUUUUCGACUAUUAACUAUGUUUUUGACAUGACUGAUAUCGGAUAUGAAGAUGGAAAAAUGAAUGCGAGGGAAUUACGUAGAAAACGAAUUCAGUUAUUAAAAGAUACAAAUAGAUCGAGAAUGGCUAAUAAAUUUCCUCCAGCAUAUCCAAAUGGAUGGAUACCUUUGUUAGAAUCUAGAGAUCUACCUGUUGGAAAGUGCAAGCCUGUUACUGCUCUAGGUCAACAAUUCGUUAUAUUUCGUGGAAAAACCGGAACAUGUUUUGUUUUAGAUGCUUAUUGCCCUCAUUUGGGCGCUCACUUAGGAACUGAUGGCAAGGUUUACGAGGAUUGCAUCGAAUGUCCUUUCCACGGAUGGCGAUUUGCUGGACAGGAUGGUUCUUGCGUGAAAAUACCUUACGCAGAAAAAAUUCCAGAAAAGGCUAAAAUAAAAAGUUGGGAAACCAUCGAACGAAAUGGAUUUAUUUACGUGUGGCAUCAUGCAGAAGGCCAACCUCCUCUGUGGAAACCUCCAGUUAUACCAGAAAUAGAGAAUCGACUAAUGUUCUAUAAAGCUUGUAGUGAACACAUUUUGAAUUGUCAUAUUCAGGAAAUUUUUGAAAAUGCAGCAGAUUUCGCUCAUAUAAAUUGUGUUCACAAAUUUGGUAUUUCGUCUAGAAUUACUUUGCAUCCGGAAAAUUGGUGGAAAUAUUUUCAGACUAUACUCAAUAUGUCUCGGCUUCCAGUAUGUGAAGAAACAUUUUACUGUUGCAAAUAUGAAGGCAUUACCACUGUUAAAUUGUUUGGGAUAUCUGUCGCACGGAUACCAUUUGAUGUUCAACAGAUUGCCCAAAAUGAUCCAUAG